GUAGCUGUGGUCACGUGGCUAUCAGGAAGCUGCGGCGGUGUUUACCUUAGCACUGCGCCAGCGAGCAUCCUCAGUUUGCGGUGAAAUCAAACCCGAUCUGAGGAGAUGGGUCCGUCCUGUUCGCCGCCUCUCCGCUGGUACUGAGCUGUCCUCUCGCCUCCGUCAGCGCCAUGGCGUCUUCGGGCUACACCUGCGUCCCGGACAGCCCCGCAGAAAAGCAGAGACUGCUGUCCUCCAAGUCCGGCUACGGAUCCCAGGAUGUGCUCAGAUGCGCCGGUCUGGCGGACUCCCAGUUCUGCGGUCAGCCACGGGAUGAAGAUGAGGAGGAAGAGGCUCUGAGGAGGAAACUCAAGUACUUCUUCAUGAGCCCUUGUGACAAGUACCACGCUAAGGGGCGCAAGCCUUUCAAACUGGGCCUGCAGCUGCUAAAGAUCAUCAUCGUGACCGUGCAGUUGGUGCUGUUCGGUCUGAGCAACCAGAUGGUCGUGACUUUCAAGGAGGAAAACACGGCGGCGUUCAAGCACCUGUUCCUGAAGGGUUACCAGGACAACCGUCCCCAGGCCAUCCACACUCAGUCGGAGCUGUACAGCCGCAUUGGCUUCGUCGUAGAGCAGUACAUGGCUCUAUCUGAGAUCGCACUGGGCCGGUACGCAUACGUGAAGGGCGUGGGCGUGAAUGGGAGCGCUCUCUCCCUCUGCCAGAGGUACUUCAAGACGGGCACCAUCGACCCCGUCAACGACACGUUUGACAUCGACCCCCAUGUCGUUACAGAUUGCAUCGGCCUCGAUCCGACUGCCGACAGUCCUGUGACGAGAAACGCCGACUACAAGAAUUUCACCCUCCAGUUUUACAAGCUGAUCAACGUCACGGUUGAUUUCCAGCUGAAGGCCAUCAACAUUCAGACAAUAAUCAAUAACGAAAUCCCCGACUGCUACACCUUCGCCAUCACGAUCGUCUUCGACAACAAAGCUCACAGCGGCAAAAUCAAGAUCCUCCUCCAGAACCAGGCCUCCAUAAAGGAGUGCAAAGACACAAACGUGUCCGGACACGCGGAGAGCUACGCCAGAGAGUUCUUCGACGUGGUGGUGGCGAUCGUCUGCCUGCUGUCGCUGCUGCUCUGCGGCCGCUCCAUCCUCAGAGGAAUCCUCCUUCAGCGCGAAUACGUUCAGUUUUUCAUUCACAAACUGGAGCGCACGGUCAGCUGGGGAGACAGGAUGGAGUUCAUCAACGGCUGGUACAUCCUGCUCAUCAUCAGCGACUUGUUCACCAUCGUCGGCAGCUUCAUCAAGAUCGGGAUAGAGUCCAAGACUCUGUCGUCGUACGACGUGUGUGGGAUCCUGCUGGGAACGUCCACUCUGCUGGUGUGGGUGGGAGUCAUCCGCUACUUCAGUUUCUUCCAGAAAUACAACAUCCUGAUUGUGACUCUUAGAGCUGCUUUUCCCAGCGUCAUCCGCUUCUGCUGCUGUGUGGCUGUGAUUUAUUUGGGAUACUGCUUCUGUGGAUGGAUUGUCCUGGGCCCCUACCACGCCAAGUUUCGCUCCCUGUCCAUGGUGUCAGAGUGCCUGUUCUCCCUCAUCAACGGGGACGACAUGUUUGUGACGUUUGCCGAGAUGGAGCAGAGCGGCACGCUGGUGUGGGUCUUCAGCCAGGUCUACCUCUACACCUUCAUCUCCCUGUUCAUCUACAUGGUGCUGUCGCUCUUCAUCGCGCUCAUCACCGGAGCCUACGACACCAUCAUGGCCCAAACGAGGGAGCAGGCUCCGGAGACGGAGCUGCACGCGUUCAUCGCUCAGUGCACGGACACGCCCAGUUCCGGCAAGUUCCGCGGCCCGGACGGGUCAUCGUGCUCCUUCCUCUGCUGCUGCGAAUGGUGAAGAGGAUGACAAAAUGGAUACACGCACAUGCACAAAAAAAGAGGAACGCUCAGCAGGGACGCUGGAGGUUGACGGAGCGAACCGGCUGACCUUGGGCUGCUUUUGUCCUUUAUGCCAGCGUUUCAAUUUUGCAUUUAAAUUCAUUCGGCACAGUCCAAUUAACCUGCCUCCACGUUUUUGUACUGUAUGAAUAAUCUGCUGCCUUUCACUCAGUCUUUUAGGCCUUAGAUUAGAUUGCCAGACCCGUAGCGCCGGGAAACAAAAAUCCAUUGCUUAAGACUGGAAAUGGAGUUCAUCAAGUGGAAUCAGGGCAACUUUUUGUUUGGUUUAAAAAUAAAAUCCGGUUUGCUGACUGGUGACAAAAGAGCAAAGAGAAACACCAUACACAGUGACGCAGUGACACGCCCUGAGGCAUUCUUGUCGGUUACACCUGGUUGCUAUUAGUUAGCUAACCAGGCUAUAUUUUGAAUCAGGCAAAUGGUUGUGUUUUUUUAUUUUUUUUAUUAAAAAAUAUAACAUUUUACAAUAUAUCCACUGUAAACAAUCUCAAUCAGUGAGACAUUGAAUAUCAAAAUUGAGCAAUUUUAGUAUUCAAUAACAUAGAAGCUUUUAUUUUAAGCUAAUUUGUUCUCAGCAUCAACCUCAGCAAACAUUAGCUAGCAGUUAGCAUGUUAGUAACUUUGGAAUUAUUAUUUUGUUCUCUUUUUUUGUACAUUUUAUGAUAGCUUGUUACGUUAAAGGGACAGAGAACAUGUUACUGUCUUAAGUCAGUUUUGGACAGGUCUUUGUUUUGGGUGAAUGUUUGUGGAAGUUUUACAGAUUGUUUUAUGUUUAUGAGUAAGAAGACCUGAACCGACUUGCACUUGAUUUCGACCCUAUUUAAAAAAAAAAAAAAAGCUGUAGAUUAAACCUACAAAAGGGAAAUUCUAUUGAAGCACUUUUAAAAUUGGUCUUUAUUAUUCUGUAACAUAUAAAAUGAAUUUAAGCCAGUUUGCGAUCUCAUAGCAUUAACCUUUGCUAACAUUAACUAGCAUUUCAAAAUGUGUUUACUCUGUGAAAUUUUUGCAUUCUUAGUCUUAUUCUCUUUUUGCUCAUUUUGUUGCACUUUUAGAAAUUUUUUUUUACUCUCAACUCAGUUUGUGUCCAAAUCUAUAUUUUUUCCAUGUUGAGAUUUAACGUAGGCAGUUUUGAUGAUUCUGAUCGUUGUUUUAUAGUUAACUUGAAAAAGUGUGAUAGCUGGUUAUUUCAUCUGUACAUGAAAUGCACUCCUUUGUAUGCCUUUAAAAAUAUUGUUUAUGGAAACUUUUGAAAGUGUACUAAUCAAUCCAGCAUUUUUUACUUCUUUUCUGUCAUUUGUGGCUUUUAUUUUUUGCACCUUAAUUUAAAUACAUAAACUUUUUUACAAUUACAAAAGUAAUGAUUGUAGUUGAUUUAUUUGCACGGAAAUAGUAUUGUAAAGCUUUACUUAAUUUGACACUGGCACAUCAUAGUUAUCAACAACAGAGCAAAGCAUUCUGUUUAGUUAUAGGAAGGCGUCCUGAUACUGCUGUGGUUUAAUGUUGGCAGCCAUUCCUCACUGUGUUUGUUAGCAUGUACUUCUACAUUUUUUAUUAUUACCUCAAUUUCAGAAGAGACAAUAGCAAAAAGGGAAGCACUUAGCAUGGAGCGUUUUACAGGGUCCAACUCAGUUUUCUGUAGUGAUGCUGUCUUAAUGAUGAGCGCACAUUUCAGUUAAAUAAACCAAAAAAAGGA